AACUACAAACAGUAUUUAGGGCAAAGAGCAGCCGGACAUGUUCGGGACAUGUCGGUCUGCGCGCGCACAGUCAGGAGAUAAUGACUCACAGUUUAAACAGACUCGGUUUCACUUCGGUUUCACUCCGACAGACUGACACGCAGACCACGUGAAGAUGCAGAAUCAGAACGCAGACCAGAAACCCGUCAUCCCGAAGGUCCGGUAUCACCCGACCAUCCAGACCCAGACAACCGGGGACGGAGCACGAGCCAAAACCAGAACCGGUGAAACCCAGAAGAGCAGACCUGCUGCUGUAGGCCCCCCUCAGACUGGGACUGGCGAUAGGGCAGUCCGGGAGGCCCCUCAGCUUAAUCCAGCUCCUGCUGUGAGUCCACGUCCUGGUGGAGGACAAAAUCAGAGGGCUCAGAAACCCGUUAAGAAACCAAAUCAGAAACCGGUUCAGAGAGCUGCUACAGAUCCAGAUCCUCCUCAAACACCAAAUCAGCUCUCUAACAGAGCCCCUCCCAGACCGGAGCAGGUCCCUCCGGGUCUGGGGGUCCGGUUGGACAGGUAUCUUGUGGAGGAAGUGGAGGUUCUGACCCGAGGACAGAGUACCAACCAGGACUGGUUCACCUGGAGGAAGAACCGGAUCACGGCCUCUGUGGCUCACCGCAUCGCUCACUGCCGCUUCGUUAACGGCAAGAGCAAAACCCCGCCCACCUCCUACCUGUCUGCUAUCACAGGUGAGGGGCGGAACAUCCAGACCAGAGCCAUGAGCUGGGGGGUCCAGAAGGAGGCGGAGGUCGUCCGCAGGUACCAGACACUGAAGAGCGCUGCGAUGGGACGGUCGGUCUCUGUUCAGGACUGCGGUUUGUUCAUCGACGCUCGGAGGCCCUGGUUGGCUGCGAGUCCUGACGGCAUUGUGACGGACAGCCGAACCGGCCAACGGCUGCUCUGCCUGGAGGUGAAGUGUCCCUACAAACACAGACACAGACGGGUGGAGGACGCCUGCAGGGACGACCGCGCCUUCUGUCUGGAAAUACAGGACCAGGACAGACAGGAGCCGGGAGGGUCUCCGGUCUACCGCCUGAAGACGUCCCACAGUUACUUCACACAGAUCCAGUGUCAGCUGGCGGUGACCGGCCUGCGGCAGGCCGACCUCGCUGUCUUCACCCUGAAGGAGACGGCAAUCGUCCCGGUGACCUUUGACCCCAACCUGUGGGAGGAGACGGUGUCCAAACUGGAGGUGUUUUACAGGGACGCCGUCCUGCCUCACCUCAGAGAGAAGACACAGCAGGACACGGCAGCCUGGACACCAGAGCUGUAGAGACUCCGGAGCUUCUGCGCCUCUAGGUCCUGGUGUUUGACUCGCACCAGGACCAAGAGGCGCAGAAACCUUUUCACAUUAUGAUUCUUCUGGUCACUCGAUACCAAAUAUUCGGUUUUAACAGGAAACUUUGACUUUGUUUUAUAUCUCGAAACUUCAGCGUAUCUCAUGACAUUAUAACACAGAACCGGUGUGACGCUCUGGUCCGAUGGAGACGCGAGAUCACAAACCGGAGUGAAACCUGGAUCCUGCUGCGUUAAUGUAAACAGAGAGAUGAAGAACCGGGUUCCUCAUGUUCCAUACGAACAUCAGAUCCCGAAUCUGAUCCAAACCAGGACCUCCAUCAGUCCUGUAACACAGUUAAUGACGUUACAGCAAGUUCGAGGUACUUGUACUUUACUUGAGUAUGUCCAUUUUUUGCUACUUAAACAUAUAUAUAUAUAUAUAUAUAUAUAUAUAUAUAUAUAUAUAUAUAUUACUGCGCUACAUUUAUCUGAUACCUUUAGUUACUUUGCAGAUUAUAAACAAAAUAUAAAUUAAACAAUACAUGAUGAUGUAUUAAUUAAAGUCUUAACACAAUGCAUCAAUAAUUACAAUCUAAUAGUAAAUAUUAUUCUGCAGAAUGAGCACUUUUACUUUUGGUCCGUAUAUUUUGAUGUGUGGUUUUACUACUUUUGCUGAAGUAAAAGCUCCGAGUGCUGCCUCCACCCUCGUGGCUUCAGCUGUUUCGUGUCAGAGGCGUGUUUUUAUCUGCAGGUAGAAACUAAAGUACAGUUUGAUCUUAAAACCGAAUCAUUUGGAGUUAAAACGAGAGAGAAAAGGCUGCUGAACUGCUGGUCGACCUCCGGCUGCAGACAAGCUCAGUCUUUACUCUUUGUGGCUUUUAAUCCAUGAAGAGCAAAGAAAAGCGAAAUAUAUAUUAAUAUAUGUAUAUUUGAAGUGAGACUCGACCAGGGGACGUGGUGGUUUCUGCCGUCUUAGACCUCCAGGAUGCUGCAGGCCUCUGCGGUGAAACCAUGUGACUCUCUGCCGGAACCCGUUUGUGUUAGAUUGAAAGUGUAAUUUCACAAUUUGCUGGAUUAUUGAAAGAAUGUAGUUUGUUCUCGGCUCAUGAAUUAAUAACAAUAUUAUUUUGAUGUAUUGUGCUUAAUGAGAUGAGCGUCAUGAUGAUGAGAUGCGACUGAUGAUCUAAAAUCGCUGGUUUUCACUCUGAGCUUCUGUUACAAACUCAUUUGUAUAAACGUGUUUAAUUAAUGUUACGUGUCUGUUACUGACGUCAUGUUCUGCUUCGGAAGAACUUUGUAACCCGUUUUUUUAAGAAGUGAAAUAUUAAUAAAGCUUUAAUAACUUUUA